UCGGUUACUUUGUUUGUUUGUGUGUGUGUGUUUGUAUAUUGUUGAAAAUGAUGAGGAAGCGGCUGGUGAACCCUAAUUAGUUGUCGGUGUUUGUUGGAAGAGUUCAUCUCUGUUUUCUUCGUCAUCUUCCCCAACCAGAGAUGCGCCCCACAACACCUACAUACUAAAGCUUUCAUCUUUUCGACACCCCCUCAGUGCAACUUGAAUUGCAUGCACAUGUUAGCAAAAGCCCACAAUAAAGGGGAUGGAUCUAAGUCCCUGGCUAAGAUACUGGCAAGAUGGAAGGAGUAUAAUGCCCAGCUUGAUUCCUGCAAUGAUGCUGAUAAGCCGGUUCGCAAAGUCCCUGCCAAGGGUUCAAAGAAGGGGUGUAUGAAAGGUAAAGGGGGCCCUGAGAACUCGCGGUGUAACUACAGAGGUGUUAGGCAAAGGACUUGGGGAAAGUGGGUUGCUGAAAUCCGAGAGCCGAAUAGAGGGAAUAGGCUCUGGCUAGGGACUUUUUCCACUGCCAUUGGAGCUGCGCUUGCGUAUGAUGAAGCAGCGAGGGCAAUGUAUGGUUCCUGUGCCCGCCUAAACUUUCCCAAUGUUUCAGUUUCCAGUUUCUCAGAGGAAUCUUCCAAAGAUUCUCCAGUUGCGAAUCGUUCUGGUUCCUCAAUGGCAGUGUCUGCAAAUACUGGGUCCAUGAUUUCACCAAGUAACUCUGGGGGAGGUAUCGAAGAGGAUAUUGAUCUGGAGCCCAUUUCCUUAUCCCUAAGUGUAAAGCAUGAGAAUGGGGAAGGUGAGUCGGGGGGAUAAGUUCGUCCCCUCCUUCUUUGUCAUGAUGUACAUUGCAACAUGGCUAAAUUUUUUAGCGCAUGUACUUGUUAAUGGUUAGCUUAGGUUUAAUUAGUCUUGAUAUUUGGUCCUGGAGAUUAGCUGUUGUAAAACUGAAAUGAACUUGGUUGCAAAGUGGUCAUUUCUUCUGGUUUUGGCCUAAUGUGCACUGGAUAUGCAAUCUACUUUUAACUCAUCAUAUGUGAAUUAUACUUACCUUUGUCAUGUUAGAUUCUUCUUCCUUUUCA